CCGUAUCGAUAUAACAAUGCCAACCUCCACCUAUAGCCAAGCUGAUACCCUAUGUAUCUCACCAAGGCCACCACCAUUCUGCCGACACCUCCAAAAUGACAUCCAGAGACAAAGUAAAAUGCCACCCGUCAUGGGCCCAAACCGGCCCAAACACAUACUCCCAGCCAUCACCAUCGUCCUCCGCCGAGCUUGAAGCCUGGCUUGCCGCCACCUUCAUCGUAACCCCGGGAAAGACAUCUGCCGAACAUUGGAAAAACAUGAUCAAGACAAGGCAAAUGACGCUGUACUUUUUUCCCGAGGAGCGCCAGCUGUUCAUACAAGGGGAGCACCACAUCCUCGACGGGAGGGGGGUCAUGAAUUUCUGGGAUCGGUUCUUCAGGGCUCUCGCACUGCCCGCAAAGGAAGACAUGAUGAAGACAGACGGAUCCGAAAUAUCACGUCUCCCUCCCCGGUCCGACGAUCUCCUCGAUAUGGCAGAAAAUAAACCGGGGCGCGGCGAGCAGCACGCGCUGGAACUUCUCGCGCCGCUCGUCACCAUGAACGCGCCGAUCUGCGUGCCCGUACCCCAUCCUCUACCUCCUUGCUCUUCACGGAACGCCACGCUCGAGCUUCGACUCAGCAGUCAUACCACAGAAUCCAUCAUCGCCGCAUGCAAAGCCCAACAUCUGAGCGUUACGGCAGCCUGGCAUGCAUCUGUGGUCCUCGCCACGCAAUCGAUCCAAGCGAAGCGUAACUCGGCCUCAGGAGCAGGAGCGAGAGUAGGUACGCAGUUUGCAUGCUUUGGCAACUUUGAUCUCCGCCGCUACUUCCCAGCUUCAGACGCAACAUCCCUACCCGACGCCUACGCCCUGAGCAACCACCAUGGCGUGCUCCCCUAUGUUGUCACGCCAGACGGCAAGACCUUCUCGCAAGUGGCGCGCGAGCUCGCAUCCUUCUACCAACAAGACCUUCCAAAGGCAGAUGCCGAGGUGUGGAGUGCGCUGGGGCCGAUGAUCCGCAUGCUGGUGCCCGAGUUCACUCGGACGCCGCUCGAGGAGACGACGCCGGCGUUGUCGAGUUUGGGGGUUGUGGAUAACUUUAUCAAUUCUUUGUACGUCGAUGCCGAGGGAAAAGGGGGUUGGCGGAUUGAGGACGUGUGGUUUGGUGAUACCGUGACUGGGCCAUGGCUGGAGUGUUUCAUGUGGGCGUGGCAGGGGCGACUGUCUGUGAAUACUUGCUAUAACCCAGCGUACUAUACGCACGCUGAGGUGGAUGAGUUCAAUCAACUGGUGCAGGAGAAGAUGCUGGAGGGGUUGGGGGUCGUGGGUCGGGGGCCUUGGUGGAAGCUCUGAUCGAGGAGUAACCGUCAGGCUUUGCAUGGCGGCUCCAUUAAGUCAAACUAUUGAGUAGAAGUAAAUGCUGAAAACGCUUUCCUUUUACUUAUAAUAACGUGAAUAUACACCGAGCUGGCCACCCUUACAUAACCUCGCAUAGAAAUUUUUUUAGUCCU